GCCAAACUAUAUACAGUACAAAAUAAAAUGUGACUAUAAACUUUACCUUCUACCACACCUCUACAUCUCUCUUUCUCUCUCUCUCUCUCUCUCUCUCCAAUGGUGCUUCCAUUUCCCGGCCAUCUCUCUCCUACCCGUCAAACCCCCAAAAACCCUGACCUCCCUAAACCCCUCAACUCAAUUCAAGCCCACUGUUCCUUACACCCUCGUCUAUGGCUCCUAAUCACCGUUCUCUCCGUCCAAAUCCUCGUCCUCUUCGUCACUCGCACUGUCCCCCUACCCGCGUCCCUUUUCCCAGCCACCAAAACCAAGCCAUCCGCCGCCGCAAACUGUCCGCUUGGCCGAAUCUACGUCUACGACCUCCCUCCAUCGUUCAACAAGGACUUGAUCGACACCUGCAACGACUCCGACCCCUGGCGCUGGCGCUGCGGUGCCGUCUCGAACGACGGGUUCGGCCCCACUGCGGCCGAACUCGCUCAAGUCGUGCCGGGGAACGUCGCCCCGGCGUGGUACUGGACCAACCAGUUCGCGCUGGAGAUUUUGUUUCACAACCGGCUCUUGAAUCACGAGUGUCGGACUUUAGAGCCGGAAUCUGCUGCGGCGUUUUACAUCCCGUUCUACGCUGGACUCGCGGUGGGGAAGUACUUGUGGGCGAAUCAUACCAUGAGGGACCGUGAUUGCGAGUUGGUGAUCAGGUGGGUCCGGAAACAAUCGUUUUGGCGGAGAUCUAACGGUGCUGAUCACUUCAUUACGCUGGGUCGGAUCACGUGGGAUUUCAGGCGGUUGGAUGACCCGAGUUAUGACUGGGGGUCGAGUCUGCUAAACAUGCCGGCGAUGAGGCGUGUCACUCGUCUCAUCGUCGAGCGGGCCCCGCGGGACGACAACGAUGUCGGUGUGCCUUACCCCACCGGAUUCCACCCCAGCUCGAUAUCCGACGUCGUCAACUGGCAAGGGUUCGUCAGGAACAGGAACCGCACGAGCCUGUUCUGCUUUGUCGGUGCCGCACGUGCCGACAUAAAGGACGACAUCAGGGCGGCUUUGAUGAGCCAGUGCCGGAACGAGUCGGGCUCGUGCCGGGUCGUGGACUGCGCCAGGGCCGAGUGCGCCAACGGGAGGACGUCGAACCUGGAGACGUUUCUCGACUCGGACUUCUGCUUGCAGCCCAAGGGGGACUCGUACACUAGGCGGUCCGUGUUCGACUGCAUGUUGGCCGGCUCGAUACCCGUCUUUUUCUGGUUCCGAACCGCCUACACGCAGUACAAGUGGUUUCUGCCGGGCGAACCGGAGAGCUACUCGGUUUACAUCGAGCCGCGCGACAUCGUGAAUGGGCGGUCGAUAAGGAGUAUUUUGGAGGGGUACAGCAAGGAAGACGUGAGGAGGAUGAGAGAGAAAGUGAUCGAUUCUAUUCCGAGAUUUGUGUAUGCGAAACCAAGCGAGGGGCUGGGGAGCCGGAGUAGAGACGCUUUCGAUAUCGCAGUUAACGGGGUGCUGAACCGGUUCAGGGUGGCAAGAGAGAGCAGAUCCGGGCGUGGAACCAAAACCCAGGAGGGAAAAGCAAAUUCCUCACUGAGUGAUUCAAGUUUGGGUAGGAUACUCUGAGUCGAGCCCUGGUGGGGUGGGUUUACAGCUGAGUCGAGAACGAGUCUGGUUCAAUACGAGAUUGUGGUCAAAAGAGAGUCAAAAGUGACGUUUAGAGCAAAAUCCGCCUAAAUUAAAGGUGAGAUUUUGCUUGCUUUGCUUUGUUGGACGGCUUUUGCGGAGGAUAUUGCGGGGGUCUAUCUAUUUCCCAGAUAUUUGAGGAAAGCUCAACUCGUGUUGAUUGGAUUUAUUCUGGCGUGAUUAAAGAAUUUAUCGAAGUAAUCCAAUAAUUGUGCCUGUCAUAAGAAUUGUCAGAAUUUUGUUCAUGUGUCACGGUUUUCGUGAGAAAUUGUUCAAUGCCUUUGGGUAAGGUUAAGCAUUAAUCUGGACCA